UCUUUUCCAUUUGUACUCUAGGCGGAGCCAGAAUAAAUAGUAAAAGAUAAGAGGAGAGUGGAAGAAGACGUAUGAGCUAGCUAAUCGAAGAAGACAUGACAUCCCACAUUCAUUUGCUAAAACCCUCUUCCAACCCUGCUAAAACCCUACCCACAUACCAUCAACACUCAUCUCCAUUCACCGCUUUCAAUUUAAAGCUAAAACCUCGCACAAAUUGCCUCUGUAUUGGCUCCAAAAAAGCCCUCAAUAAUAUCCAGGCUUGUAAAGCUACUUCCACUUCCACUUCCAACUCAGUUAAUGAUGAAAAUGAGUCAGCUCAGCUACUUUUUGAGAAACUGAAGGAGGCAGAGCGUGAACGCAUAAAUAAUUUAGAGGAGUUUGAAAGAAAGGCAAAUGUUCAAUUAGAGAGGCAGCUUGUGCUGGCUUCGGAAUGGAGUAGGAAAUUGCUGGCCAUGCAGGGAAAGUUGAAGGGGACAGAGUGGGAUCCUGAAAAUUCUCAUAAGAUAGACUAUAGUGAAUUUCAAAAGCUUCUGAAUGCAAACAAUGUGCAGUUUAUGGAGUAUUCAAACUACGGGCAGACGGUUUCAGUAAUUCUGCCAUACUACAAGGAUGGAAAAACAGAAGGUUCAGGAGGGGACUCUAAAAAGGAAAUUGUCUUCAAGCGUCAUAUCGUUGACCGGAUGCCAAUAGAUAGCUGGAAUGAUGUUUGGAGGAAGUUGCAUCAACAGCUUGUAAAUGUUGAUGUGUAUAAUGUGAAUAACAUCCCUGCUGAAGUUUACUCUAGUGUCGCGACAGCAGUUGUGUGGUCUAUGCGGCUGGCCCUUUCAGUUCUCUUAUACAUUUGGAUUGAUAAUAAGAUGAGACCAAUUUAUUCAAAACUAAUACCCUGCGAUUUGGGCAGCCCUCCCAAAAAGAUAAGAGAGCCACUCAAGCAGAAGGCCCUUGGUUCAUUAGGAAAGAGCCGUGCAAAAUUCAUUUCAGCAGAAGAAAAAACUGGUAUAACUUUUGAUGAUUUUGCUGGCCAAGAAUAUAUUAAGAGAGAACUGCAAGAGAUUGUUCGAAUACUGAGGAAUGAAGAUGAGUUUCAAGACAAAGGAAUUUAUUGCCCAAAAGGUGUGCUUCUCCAUGGUCCUCCCGGAACUGGCAAAACACUUCUGGCAAAAGCUAUAGCUGGAGAAGCGGGAUUACCUUUUUUUGCUGCUAAUGGUACUGAUUUUGUUGAGAUGUUUGUUGGUGUGGCUGCUUCACGUGUGAAGGACCUUUUUGCCAGUGCCAGGUCAUUUGCUCCUUCUAUUAUUUUCAUUGACGAGAUAGAUGCAAUUGGCAGCAAACGUGGUGGACCGGAUAUUGGUGGGGGUGGUGCAGAGAGGGAACAAGGGCUUCUUCAGAUACUGACAGAAAUGGAUGGAUUUAAAGUGUCAACGUCACAGGUCUUAGUUAUUGGUGCAACCAAUAGAUUGGAUAUUCUUGAUCCUGCCCUGUUACGAAAGGGUCGCUUUGACAAGAUUAUUAGGGUUGGUUUGCCCUCAAAAGAUGGUAGAUUGGCCAUAUUGAAGGUGCACGCUCGAAACAAAUUUUUCCGGUCAGAAGAGGAAAAGGACACUUUAUUGCAGGAAAUUGCAGAGCAAACAGAAGAUUUUACUGGAGCUGAACUUCAAAAUAUAUUGAAUGAAGCUGGAAUUUUGACUGCGAGGAAAGACUUGGACUAUAUAGGACGAGAUGAACUUCUUGAGGCAUUGAAGAGGCAAAAGGGCACAUUUGAAACGGGUCAAGAAGAUAGUACUGAGGUCCCUGAGGAGUUAACACUAAGACUAGCUUACAGAGAAGCUGCUGUUGCAGUUCUUGCAUGUUACCUUCCAGAUCCCUACCGACCAUUCAGUGAGACGGAUAUCAAAUCCAUCCGUAGUCAGCCCAAUAUGCAAUUCGUUGAGAUUGGAGGCAGAGUGUUUAAAAGGAAAGCAGAUUAUGUGAACUCAAUAGUCCGUGCCUGUGCUCCCAGAGUAAUUGAGGAAGAAAUGUUUGGAGUCGACAAUCUAUGCUGGAUCUCUGCAAAAGCAACUUUAGAAGCUUCCAGGCUAGCAGAAUUUUUGAUAUUGCAGACAGGGUUGACUGCCUUUGGAAGGGCUUAUUACAGAUACCAGAGAGAUCUCUUACCAAAUCUCCCUGCUAAAAUUGAAGCACUUAGAGAUGAGUAUAUGCGAUAUGCAGUGGAGAAAUGUUUAUCUAUUCUAAAGGAGAACCACGAUGCUGUGGAGACAAUUACAGAUGUGUUGCUUGAGAAAGGAGAGAUCAAAGCCGAUGAAAUUUGGAGCAUAUACAAAAGCUCACCUAAAAGUCCUCAGCCUACUGUGAGUCCCAUCGAUGAAUAUGGAGCCCUUAUAUAUGCUGGACGGUGGGGAGUCCAUGGAGUUUCACUUCCAGGGAGGGUGACGUUUGCACCUGGGAAUGUUGGAUUUGCAACUUUUGGUGCACCAAGACCUAUGGAGACCCAGAUAAUUAGUGAUGAAACAUGGAAGCUAGUAGAUGGCAUUUGGGAUAAAAGGGUCGAGGAAAUGAAAGCUGCUGUAUCACUAGAAAUUGAAGAAGACAAGGAGAAGCCAAAACUUCUGAUGGCCAGUCAUUUCCUAUAGCAUCCAAAUAGCAGAUACAGGUUUUCUUCAUAAUGAUGCAAAGUCAAAAGUGCGGCAAGCAAGUUGGAUGGAGGGGGUAUUUAUCAAUGUUCCUCGUUCUGAUUGACAAAAUUGGUUGCAGGCAGGCUGCGGCACUCUUCGAUCCUUGUUUGUUCUAGAUGUGAGCAGCCAAGCAUUCACGUCUCGAAGAAGUGUCUUGACAUCUGUAGCAUAUCCAUCACUUUUGAGAUCAGAGCUAGUCUCCGGCUAUGCUAUGCAUAUUUUCAUGAGAGGUUUGGAUGGUGAUAAAUUGUUUCGACGAGGCUAGCCUUAAACGUUAGCCACUUAUGGAGUGCUUUGGAGAAGCACCGAGCUGAAAAUUAACAUCCCCAGUAGCACAACGAAGAGGAGCUCAAGAGUGGUGAAGAAAUUGUUCUAAAUGAUGGGAUGCAAGGUGCCCUUUUAGUCCAAUCAGUCGAUCAACUCACCUGGAUCCCAAACUGGUUAUGAAGGUGCCUUUUAGUUAAAUUUUGUAUAUUAUUCCAACACCAACUCCAAGCUCCUUUCCUGUCCCUUAAGCCCCAUCCGAAAUUUUGUAAUAGCUGGAGAUUCAACUUCCUCUGCUUCGAAAUAGUGUUGCGGAGAUUAUAGUGGUGAUACCAUUAUCGUAAUCAAUUCUAGGUCAGUGGCAGUUUGCUAUAUACUGAACUGAUAUUCAUUGCUUUUUAUCAUCAGUUAGGACGAUUAAAUUCGAUAGUUA